AUGAUGAGUCAUCGGCGAAGGCCGUACGCCCUUGACACUUCAACAUUCGAGGUCAAAGCUGGUAUACUUGGCUCAUCCCGAUCAUUUCCUAUUCUUGGUACCAUGAUCAUUGGAAUCAGCAUUUUCAAGAUGGAAAUCAUAGCAUCAAGGAGUCUUACGAAGGAGAACAUCAUCGGUCGAGACUUUUCCUUUGAGAUCAGCGAAGUCAUCGCCAAACCCUACGAUCAUCUCUCCCAGGGCACAGAGAUCAUCACAACUCGUACUACGCGGAAGAUAAAGACCUACGGAUUCGAUGAGGAGACCUUUGCCGAUUUGGAUGACCCCGACGCAGUCAUUUUCACCACGAUGGAUCGGGAUGGGCAGGUCUUGGGGUAUGCGCAUGCAGCCAAAUCGUGGAACAAUUUCGUCGUACUCAACGACAUCGCUCUAGACAAAAGCAUUCGUGGGCAAGGGCAUGGAAAACGACUCCUCGAUGCUAUUGUCACUUGGGCCCGCCAGCUUGGUGUAGCGGGGAUCCGAUUGGAGACUCAAAACAACAAUGUUCCGGCUUGUCGGUUAUACAAGCGGUAUGGGUUUGUAUUUGGAGGAUAUGAUGAGUUUCUGUACCAGGGCAUAUCGGAGCACCGAGAAGAGACAGCUUUCUUCUGGUAUUAUCUUUUCUCUUAA